AUGCUCUGCUGCGCAUCCCCUCUGGGCGGAGGGGAAGUUUAUUUUCGUUGUCCGAUUGUUAAGGAAAUAAAGCCCUUACAGUUUAUAAAUUUCGGAAAGGUUAAGAAGAUUCGAGGAAUAGCCUACUCUACGAGAAUUUCCCCCCAAACCUCUAACCUUGUUGUUGAGGGUUGCCGCUCACUGCUUAAUCCAUACCUGCCGGACGUAUAUAUCUACACCGACCACUACAAAGGCGUCGAGUCUGGCCUCUCUCCUGGGUACGGGGUUUCUCUCGUGGCUGAGACGACCUCGGGGGCACUGCUCUCCGCUGAGGAGUCUGCAACUGCGGGUGUCUCACCGUUUGAUGUCGGAAGAACAGCGGCUAGACUUCUUUUAGAGGAAAUCUAUCGCGGCGGCUGUGUGGACACCCAGAGCCAAUCACUUGCGCUUCUGCUGAUGGCUCUCUCUCCACCAGAUGUGUCCAAGAUAAGAAUUGGGAAACUUUCACCGCACACAGUUAACUUAUUAAGGCUCUGCUUUGUUUAAUAAGCUGUUGUUGUGUGUAUAAGCCUUUAAAAAUAGGUUGCUUCGUGACUAUUUUCAGGUUACUUUUAAACUCAAGCCCGAUCCCUCUGAAGGUUCUGUAUUGGCCUCGUGCGCAGGGGUGGGGUACGUCAACAUCAACCGUCGUGUUCAAUAGAAAUUUACUUGCCC